CAAGGCAGUGGCUGGCCCUGGAUUAUACAAGUGCAGACACUCCGCUAAGUGAGGGUUUCAUCACAGUAAAACCACUUUUUGGAAUUGAUGGUCUCAGAAGAAAGACGGAGGACUGAGUAAGGUCCCGACCCAGGAGCCAAAUCCAUGCAGACAGACCCCCACACCUGCACAGGCUUCCACUGAAGAAUCACCACCAAGGUUUGGAGACCCCGUGGAUUUUUGGUGGUGAAGUGUGUGACUUGCAGGCGCAGUUGGCCUGGGGGAGCAUGGGUGGAAGAACCAGGCAGCAUUGCCACGAGUCAAGGCUUGCUGAAGGGGCAAUGGCGGGGAGCAAGCAGCUGGAACAAACAAGUAAAAACAUUGACUCAAGUGCCCACAUGAUCACCACCGCCAGGGUACCUGCUGAUAAGCAAGUACGAAUUGCCUUCAGCCUUAAUGAUUCCCCAGAUGAUGCUUCCCCUGAAAACUUCUCUUUGGCGUUUCCAGAACUAGAUCAGCAGCUGCAGCCUCUGCCUCCUUGUCAUGACUCUAAGGAAUCUAUGCAGGUGUAUAAACAACACUGCAAAAUAGCAGAAGAGUACCAUGAGGUCAAGAAAGAAAUUGCUCUGCUGGAAGAAAGAAAAAAGGAGCUGAUUGCCAGACUGGAACAAGUGGAAAAAGAAAGCAUGGAUGCUGCUCAGCUGGCUAAGGAGUAUGCAGAACUGACAGAGGAGAACCGAACACUGAAGCUGGCCCAGACGCAGUGCGUGGAGCAGCUGGAAAAGCUCAGGAUACAGUACCAAAAAAGACAGGGCUCCUCAUAACUCCCAGCUGGCUUCAUACAGGGUUGGUCCUGUGCUGGAAAGAUAUUUUAAGAUAAAAAUCUGUUUAAUAUGUUACAACACUUUACUACAGAUACAGAGUAUGUAGAAGUCUA